AGUUAAAUAUGGCAGUAGUAAUGGCAGCCUCCUUCUUAUUAUGUUGAUACGGUUAUUUUCCUUUGAAAUGCUCUGCAAACACUGUUGAAUUGCUUUGGAAUUGCUUUUCUUAAAAGAAUUUGUAAUUUUUAUGAAUCAUUUACAUCAGCCGUAACAUGAAUACUUUUGUUAAGUUGUGUUUUAUAUGUCUAACUUUCUAUAUUGUUUUUGUCAACGUAUGUUUACUGGUUGACAGUGCAGGGCCACCAAAGAAAAAGAAGAAGAGUCAACAAAGUAACGCGGAUAAAGAAGCACAGGUUGAGGUGAAACUGUCAGAUAAAAGUGUGAUAGAAAGAGGGCUAGUUGAUGAGAACUUGAAGAGUAAGGCUAUUAUUAAAGAUUACCAAAACUACUGUGUAAAAACAGAGGAACGGCAUUUUACUGGGGACGUCUUAGGUUAUGUGACACCUUGGAACAGCCAUGGUUAUGAUAUUGCUAAACUCUUCGGAGGCAAGUUCACAACUAUUUCACCCGUUUGGCUCCAACUAAAGCGAAUAGAAGAUAGCUUUCAAGUCCAGGGAGGUCAGGAUAUUGAUAAAGGUUGGAUGAAAGAUGUUAAAAAACAUAAAAGAAAAGUAAAAAUAGUCCCUCGAUUACUCUUUGACGGAUGGACUGGCAGAGACUAUCAGUAUAUUUUCAACAAUGAGGAUGCUGUUCAGGAGCUCUCAAAAACAGUUGUAGAAUUCUUUCAGAAGUACAAAUUUGAUGGUGUUGUUCUUGAAGUAUGGUCUCAGCUUGGUGGACAAAGAAGAGGUGAUCUUACCCAUGUUAUUGUGCAUAUCUGUGAUGCAUUCCAUAAGAAGAAACUACAGUGUAUUAUGGUUAUACCACCACCAAUCAUGCCAGGGGGAAGCAGUAUGUUCAACCAUGAUGAUUUUGAAGCACUUGAAUCAGCAGUUGAUGGCUUCAGCCUUAUGACCUAUGAUUACCCCAACAGAGGACAACCUGGUCCUAACUCACCGAUUGAAUGGGUGAAAAAGUGUGUGCUAUCAUUAUCACCAGAGCAAGAUUCUAAAAGGAAGAAGAUAUUACUUGGGCUUAAUUUUUAUGGAUACAUGUAUGGAAUGUCUUCCCCUGAACCCAUUGUUGGGCAUAGAUAUAUUCAGUUACUGAAGAAACAGAAGUUAAAGUGGCUCUCCGAUUCAGCUGAACACAUGUUUGAAUAUAAGGAGAAUUCAAGAAUUCGUGAGGUCUAUUAUCCAACUCUUAAGUCAAUAAAAAUGCGUCUGGAUUUAGCUGAGGAACUUGGAACUGGUAUUUCAAUCUGGGAAAUCGGUCAAGGCCUGGACUAUUUUUAUGAUCUGUUGUAACAUUUAAAUUUUUUUUUUUUUUUUUUUAAUUUAAUUUUUAUCAAAUACAUAAAAAAUAUGGUGAAGAUGGAGAACACAAUUCAGUAUUUCAAACUAAAGAAGAAUGGAGCUAGUUGUAAUUUUGAAACAUGUAUAGUAAUUCUAUUUUAAGUUUUGUGGGUUUUUUCAUCCAGGAACAAUCUUAAAAAUAAUAAUAAUGGUGUUUUAGUAUGGAAAAAAGUUAAUUCAUUUACAUACAUUGUACAAAACAGUUCACCCACCAAUUUGCGAUCCCUCUAAUCCCAUGCUUCCAAGCUAUUGGUCAUGACUCAACUUUGCAUUGGAUCACAAGCAGGUUUGCAAAACAUUUAAAAAAACAGAUUGUCAAUUCAUAUGUGCAAAUUUACACAAUUUAUGUGAAGUCUUUUAACAGACCUGUUGACAUGAAAUUUUUGGUGAACAGUCAUUAGAACAAUAUCUUAUAUGCUCAUAAUGAAUAUAUUUUACCUCAACGUAGUUGUGUUAAUCUAAACACCUCUGUUUAACAAGACGUAUGGACAUAAACAUGCAAGUGUAGUAUUUUUUUCCAAUAAAUUUCAAAUAAUAUAGCUAGGAAGCUGUUUCUCAUUUAUUGUUAUUGUUUGAUAUAGUGGUAACCACAGGGUUAAAAUUAAUUGGGUUUAAGUUGAUCAAAUGUCUGAAAAUAUUUUCUGCCAAAAAGCUGAUGCUACAUUUUGUUCUUGUAUUCCAUUCUAAGUCUCAAAUAUUAGGUCUCAUUUUCCCACUGUGGCGAAAAGGGACGAUACAGUAAUAAGUGGCAGAUUCAAGGUAGUGGUGGGGGAUUAACAAUUUCUUACCUCACCCCCAACAAUGGUGGGGGCCAGGUGGGUAGGAUAAUAAUAGUAAGCAAUGUUGAUUUAAAGCCAGUGUCGAGUAGUAAUUUUUAAACCAUGAGCAUCAAAUUUUGGGAUUAAUGCCACUGUGCAAUUUACUAUCAAAUUAUUAGAUGGACCGCGGUUAAUGUGGGAAAUCACAACUUGGGUCCCAGAGAAAAAGGUUUGGGAACCGGGCUUCUAAUCCAUCAAGGCCAUAUUUUUUAAUUGUCUACUAACAACCUUUCAGCACUAAGCUAACCUCCAAUUGGAGACCAAAUCUUUAGAUUCUUGGGUGCCAAAGAUGGUCUCGAUUUGGAGGGUGAACUGUAAUUUGAUUUUUUUUCCUUUUUUUUUUUAAUUGCAAGUAGGUAAUUACAUCCUUUAAUUGCUCAUGUAGCAUAUAAAUACUGAUCUAAAUUUUAUAAAUUCUAGUCUUGUUUAUCGUACAGUACAACAUUAUUUUUCAAUUCAAUUUCCUCUAUAAUUGAACAAUUGGCAAUAUUGUAUCAGAAAACAUUCUAACUUAUGGACGAAGAAUUUAAAUGUGGAAAUACUCUAAAGAUGUAUAAUUGUUUUUGUAUUCACUGGUUACAAACCAGAAAGCCUAUCAUCUUGUUUUAGUCAGUCUUUCAGUAUUGUCUGUAUCUAUAUUGGACAGAUGUGUAUCACUUGCAUAAUAAAACUAGAAUUUUUAA